CAACAACAAUGAACCAAAACCAAACAUCAUCAACUGCAGCAGUGUCACCUAUGAUGGUUGGCUUGAAACCACUGAUGAAACCUCUAGCGAUUAGAGUCAUUACAUUUAUUUUCUUGUUUGUGUCAUUGAUUGUCAUUGCCACUGAUAGUUUUGAUACAUUUCUUUAUAAUGAUACAUUUCUUUAUGAUAUUCCAGUCAAGGUUCAGUCCACUGACUUCUAUGCUUACCGUUAUAUGAUAUCUGCAGAUGUGAUUGGAAUGGCCUACAUAUUGCUAAUAGUUUGGUUAACAAUUUCCCAUGUGAAAUCUGGAAGUCCCAUUGACAGUGGCCUUGCUUAUUUUGAAUUCUACAGUGAUAAGGUUAUAUUAUUCCUACUAUCUACUGGUGCUGCUGCUGGAUUAGGAGUUACUGUGGAAUCUAACAGAGUUAAGGGGGAUGACAUUACCCCUGACAUGAAAAAUUUUCUCAACAUAGCAAAUGCUUCUGCUAGCUUGCUUUUUCUUGGAUCUAUUUCCUCUUUUAUAUCCUCUAUCAUUUCCUCUCUCAAUGUUCCAAAGAAAUCUUAAUAUGAUAAUGUUGCUUGGAUUCUCUAAAAUGUCAUUGCACUUGUCUCGGAUUUUCUAAAGUUGCAUAGCUUUUGAAGGAUUCACUCCACACCCGAUGAU